UAAUGAACAAAAAUAUAAAACCCUUUUAUAAAUACCUAAUUCUUCAUUGACAACAAUCACACUAUUUAUAUCUUUCAUCAACAUGUUGUGCCUGACACGCGCUUCAAAGUUUUGUAACCGGCUGCCAAGCACCAUAAAGAUUCAUACAACAGCAUUUACUUUGGACGGCCAAAAGACUGAAAAAACAAUCAAUCAAGUAACUUUGCUUGGACGAGUUGGAGCAGACCCACAAAAAAGGGGCAACGAGGAACACCCUGUAGUAAACUUUCCAUUGGCCACACACUUCAGCUACAAGUAUGAAUCUGGUGAUGUUCUACAAAGGACAGACUGGCACAGAGUCAGUGUUUUUAGACCAGGACUGAGAGAUACCGUGUACAAAUAUCUAAGAAAAGGCCAAAGAGUUUAUGUUACCGGUAAACUAUCCUACGGAGAGGUGAAACUGGAUGAUGGACAAGUAAGAACUGCCUCUACAGUUAUUGCAGAUGACAUUAUUUUUUUCCAAAGCCUACCUCAAGAUACUUAAUGUAACAUUUGCAUAAAAAGAAAUACAUAUUUUGUUACGUAAAUGUAGAACUGUAAGCUAUUGAAUACAAACAUUUUUAAAAUAGUUAA